AUGUGUGAAGCCUUGACGGAUGCGCACCGACACGGCACUACCCGAACACAAGGAGGGGACGACGACUGUGACAAGGUCCUGAGGAGAAACCAAGCAAUCACUUUCCACACGUCGUCCCUUUGGAGGCAAAGGCCUGGUAGCCCGGUCCAAGACGGGAGACCAGGAGGUGCAUUUAGUGGUGCGCUAACCCCCAGAGAGAUCGUGGUUGCCCCCGUGGCGACCAGACCCCCCAGCCGGGGACUUCACCUCAAUGAGGUCAAGGCCGUCAUCCAGCGAGAGAAUGACGGUCGGGGUCCAGACACUGACAGGCCCGAAGCAUCCAAUCUCGCUGGCGGAGAGAAGCGCCAGGCGCGUGAGAGGGCCAGAAAUUGGCCAUCAUCACGGCUUCCCAUGACGGCAUAUGCGCUGAGAAAUGUCUCAACCGAAAACGCAAGCGCGACCAGCGUCCGAUGGCAGUGA